UGCACGGAGCCGAACCGCAGGUCGCGGGCCGCGGGCCGGCCGCGGCGCAGCCCGAGUCGCGCGGCUCUCCUGCACGUCGCCCGGCCGCCAUGGGCGCGCUGUUCCGCAGCGAGGCCAUGUGCCUGGCGCAGCUGUUCCUGCAGUCGGGCACGGCCUACGAGUGCCUGAGCGCGCUGGGCGAGCGCGGUCUGGUGCAGUUCCGCGACCUUAACCAGAAUGUAAGUUCUUUCCAAAGAAAGUUUGUUGGCGAGGUGAAGAGGUGUGAAGAACUGGAGCGUAUAUUAGUGUACUUGGUGCAGGAGAUUAACCGGGCGAAUAUUCGCCUCUCCGAGGGAGAGACCAGCCCUCUCGCACCACCUCUUAAGCAAGUUCUGGAAAUGCAGGAGCAACUACAGAAGCUUGAGGUGGAGCUGAGGGAAGUGACAAAGAAUAAGGAGAAAUUGAGAAAGAACUUGCUGGAGCUUAUCGAGUACACACACAUGCUGAGAGUGACCAAGACCUUGGUGAAGCGGAACGUGGAGUUUGAACCCACCUAUGAAGAGUUCCCUCCUAUGGAGAGCGAGUCUUUGUUGGACUACAACUCCAUGCAGAGGCUGGGAGCGAAACUGGGAUUCAUGUCCGGCGUCAUUCCACAAUGCAAAGUGGAAGCCUUUGAAAAGAUGCUGUGGCGAGUCUGCAGAAGCUACACCAUCCUGACCUAUGCUGAGCUGGAUGAACCCCUUGAGGACCCUGAAACGGGAGAGGUCACCAAGAAGUGCGUGUUCCUCGUGUCCUUCUGGGGAGAGCAGCUCGGCCACAAGGUCAAGAAGAUCUGUGACUGCUACCACUGCCAUGUCUACCCAUACCCCAACACUGUGGAGGAGAGGCGGGAGAUUCAGGAGGGGCUCAGCACCCGCAUUCAGGACCUCUACACCGUGCUUUACAAGACCGAGGACUACCUGCGGCAGGUGCUGAGCAAGGCGGCCGAGUCGGUGUACGGGCACGUGGUGCAGGUGAGGAAGAUGAAGGCCAUCUACCACAUGCUCAACAUGUGCAGCUUCGACGUCACCAACAAGUGCCUCAUCGCCGAAGUGUGGUGCCCCGAGGCCGACCUGCCCUCCCUGCGUCAGGCACUGGAGGAUGGCUCGAGAGAGAGCGGUGCUACCAUCCCAUCCUUUAUGAACACGAUCCCCACCAAGGAGACUCCUCCGACACUGAUCCGCACCAACAAAUUCACGGAGGGCUUCCAGAACAUUGUGGAUGCCUACGGCGUUGGGAGCUACCGCGAGGUGAACCCAGCUCUCUUCAGCAUCAUCACCUUCCCCUUCCUGUUCGCCGUCAUGUUUGGGGACUGUGGACACGGCUUCGUGAUGUUCCUCUUUGCCCUCCUGCUGGUGUUGAAUGAAAAGCAUCCCUGGCUGAAUCAGUCACAAGAGAUCAUGCGCAUGCUUUUCAAUGGUCGAUACAUCCUCUUGCUGAUGGGCUUGUUCUCAGUGUACACAGGCCUCAUCUACAACGACUGUUUCUCUAAGUCGCUCAACCUCUUCGGCUCAGGUUGGAACGUGUCAGCCAUGUACAGUUCCAGCCACGCCCCGGCGAUGCGGAAGACGAUGGUGCUGUGGAACAACAGCGUGGUCAAGCACAGCAAACUCUUGCAGCUGGACCCGAAUAUUCCUGGGGUAUUCCAGGGCCCCUAUCCUUUCGGGAUCGAUCCUAUUUGGAACUUGGCCACAAACCGCCUCACUUUUCUGAACUCUUUCAAAAUGAAAAUGUCUGUGAUUUUAGGAAUUUCUCACAUGACUUUUGGAGUUGUUCUCAGCAUAUUUAACCACUUACACUUUGGGAAGAAGUUCAACGUCUACCUGGUGUCCAUCCCGGAGCUGCUCUUCAUGCUCUGCAUCUUUGGGUACCUCAUAUUCAUGAUCAUCUACAAGUGGCUGGUUUACUCGGCCAGGACGUCCCAGGAGGCCCCCAGCAUCCUCAUCGAGUUCAUCAACAUGUUCCUCUUCCCGGCUGCCAAGACCAGCAACCUUUACCAGGGCCAGGAGUAUGUGCAGAGGCUGCUGCUGGCCACCGCCCUGCUCUCUGUGCCAGUUCUCUUCCUGGGAAAGCCUGCCUUCCUGUGGUGGCUGCACAACGGCCGAGUCUGCUUUGGGGUCCGCCGGAGUGGCUACACACUGGUGCGGAAGGACAGCGAGGAAGAGAUGUCUUUGCUGGGGAGCCACGAGGUCAACGAAGGACGGGUCCAGGUGGAAGAGGCGUCUGAAGAAUUCAACUUUGGGGACAUCCUCAUGAACCAGGUCAUCCACUCCAUUGAGUACUGCCUAGGCUGCAUCUCCAACACCGCGUCCUACCUGCGGCUCUGGGCGCUCAGCCUAGCCCAUGCACAGCUCUCCGAUGUGCUGUGGGCCAUGUUGAUGCGCGUGGGGCUCCGCGUGGGCACUACCUAUGGGGUGCUGCUGCUGCUCCCUGUCAUUGCGGUCUUUGCCGUGCUGACCAUCUUCAUCCUGCUCGUUAUGGAGGGUCUCUCUGCCUUUCUUCAUGCCAUCCGCCUCCACUGGGUAGAAUUUCAGAACAAAUUUUAUGUUGGCGCAGGCACCAAAUUUCUUCCUUUCUCGUUCCGUCUGCUUUCAUCAAAGUUCAGUAAUGACGACUUGGCGUGAGCAUUCUGCCUGAUUUCUGGAGAAUUAUCAUGUUAGAGAAUUUCACUGACAUCAAAUUUCUGAUAGGAAAGUUUUUUCUGGUUGAUUGCCUUAUGAUGUUGCCAAAAAAGUCUGUCUAUUAUACCUCUUCUGCAUAUGUUAACUAUUUUGUACAACUUAUUGAUUGGUUUUAGAUAUAUAAAUUUUGGUUUUUAUGACAAGAAAAUAGAAAUUAAUGCCAAAUUACAUUCAAGUGACUCUUAAGGUAGAGGCUGGAGGAGAUGAGCCACACUUGACAGGCCAAUUGCAAAGGUUUUAGAUCCUUGAGUCCUUUUUCCCUGAUUA